AUGACUGCUCGCAAGGUUUGGGUCAAGCGGUGCAACGCAUCCCCCACUUCCGUGCUGGUUACCGAAGAGGACUUGGUGGACGAUGUCCGUGAUUUGAUCUUGGGAAAGUAUCAGAACACGCUGGGACGGCAUUGGGAUGCUCCCGACGUACAGGUCCGCAUCGUGCCGCGGGGAGCGAGGCCGAGGGCUCACGAUCGGAGUCACGAGAGAGGACACGGGUCCGAGCGGAUACUGUCUCCGGACGAAUCGCUCUUGAGGGUGGUCGAGGAGUACUUUCCCGGGGGACAGCACGCAGAUGAUGCUCUGAUCAUUGAGGUUCCAGAACGAAAGACACCGCGGCCAUCGCCCGGUCCUGUCAUGCAUAGCUACACCUACGGAGGCGAUCAUCACGUCGAGCCGGGCUACUUCGACAUUCCGCCACGUCCCGUUCUUAACCGUGGAACCCCAGAUCCCACCAACGGCGGACGGGUCGCGCCGAUACCUAGCCCCCAAUAUCCACGGGAACCGCAUCGUCCCCAGAUAGGCCGCCGGAUGGCCACCUCGCCUCCAGUUCAAGGCAUCAUCCUCGCUCCCAAGGUCCCAGCCGGGAGGUCCCGGGGUGGGUCCGAUGCGUCUGCGCCAAAUGGAGGUCAGCCACCUCCUGCCCCACCUCUCAAGACUGUCCCGUCUGAAGAAGAUCGGUCCCAGAAUACCGCCAUGUCCACACCCGCCCGGGUCGCGUCGCCACUGCCAAUAGGAUCCAGGAAGAUCAAGGACGUGAAGCAGGCGAACCCAACCCCACCACCGGCGUCAGGGCCGGGGCGACGUUCCGACGGCACGGUACCUCCGAUUAAAGUGCUGAUCGUCGAAGACAACGUCAUCAAUCUGCGGUUGCUCGAGGCGUUUAUGAAACGACUCAAGGUUCGGUGGGAGGCGGCGAUGAACGGAAAGAUCGCGGUGGAUAAGUGGAGAGCCGGGGGAUUCCAUUUGGUAUUGAUGGAUAUCCAGUUGCCAGUGAUGAAUGGUCUGGACGCGACCAAGGAGAUCCGAAGGUUGGAGAAGGUGAAUAGGAUAAGAGCAGCAUUCCCACACACGAAACCGGAUGAUGAAGACGACGAACCGGUACCGGAGGAGAUACCAGAGGCGGACCGCCUGCCCGAUUCGAUUCUUUUCAGGUCUCCAGUCAUCAUUGUUGCCUUGACUGCUUCUUCCUUGCAGAGUGAUCGUCACGAAGCGUAUGCAGCCGGGUGCAAUGACUUCCUAACCAAGCCUGUGAAUUUCAUCUGGUUAGAACGGAAGGUCACCGAGUGGGGCUGCAUGCAAGCCUUGAUCGAUUUCGAUGGAUGGAAGACGUGGAAGAAGAGUGCAGAGGAGAUGUCUGCGGCCGACGCAACGGUGGCCAAGAACAAACGACUAGCUGCAGGUAACAAGACCAAGAAGCUCAAGAAUAAUGUCGACGAUUCUAAGCCCACCACGCCAGCCGGAUAA